UUGCUAACUUGUUUACAGCAGAGCUUACUGUGCUGUUACUGUGUUUUCAGUGUGCUUUCAAUGGCGGGAAUCAUUCAAACCCUAAUUCUCACACCUCCCUCGCCUCAAACGCGGUCGUCCUGCCGCUUGCAUCCGAAUUUCCGGCCAAUUUGCAACCCAUACUUCACCCGCUUCGUCUCUUCCACUCGAAGUCGAUCGAUUUCGAUUCCUAUUAGAAUCAGAGCCUGCGAACGCCCUGAUCGGGUAGAUAGUACUGGAAGUGAAGCUGCUAAAGUUUUGAAUUCAGGAAAAGGUCUGGUUUUGGGGAAACAGUUGUUGAAUUUUGUGGACAGGAAUUUUCUUCCGCUGGCUCUCAUUGGUGGAGUAGUGUUAGGACUUGCAAAUCCUACUCUGGGUUGUCUUGCCGAUAAAUAUUAUCUAUCAAAAGUUAGCACAUUUGGAAUAUUUUUCAUCUCAGGUUUGACAUUGCGAAAUGGGGAAAUUGAUGCUGCUGUAGAAGCUUGGCCAGUUGGAGUUUUAGGGCUUUGCUCCAUUCUUUUUUUUACACCAUACUUUUCAAGGAUAAUUUUGCAAAUCCAGCUCCAGCCUCAGGAAUUUGUAACAGGACUGGCUUUGUUUUGCUGCAUGCCAACUACAUUAUCAAGUGGAGUGGCACUAACUCAGCUUGCUGGAGGAAAUUCUGCACUUGCUCUAGCAAUGACGGUGAUAUCUAAUCUUUUAGGAAUUUUGAUUAUUCCCUUUUCUAUCACCAGAUUCAUAGCUGCUGGAGUUGGUGUAUCUGUUCCAACUAAACAACUGUUAAGAAGUCUUGUGCUAACGCUUCUAAUCCCUCUUCUGAUGGGAAAGGUUUUUCGAGAAUCCUUCAAAGGUUUGGCAGGCUUUGUUGAUCAAAAUCGUAAACUUUUUUCGAAGAUGAGUGCAAUCUGUCUUAGUUUAGCUCCCUGGAUACAAGUAAGCAGAUCAAGCUCGCUACUCCUACAAGUCAAGCCUGAAGUUUUCCUUGUAGCUAUUGGGAUGGGAGUAUUUCUGCAUGUCAUCCUAUUUGCUUUUAAUGCUCUUGCUAUACAAGGCCUCUCAACCGCAUCUGGUGGCAACCAAUCGGUUUUUUCCAAGAAAGAAAAUGCCAACGCUUUUGUGCUUGUUUCAAGCCAGAAAACUCUUCCAGUGAUGGCUGCAGUUGUAGAACAGCUCAGUGGUGCAUUUGGUGAAACUGGUUUGCUGGUUCUUCCAUGUGUUGCAGCACAUUUGAAUCAGAUCAUCAUGGACUCUUUUCUGGUCAAUUUCUGGCUCCGUAAGGAUCUUGCGUCAAAACAUGCCAAGGUAGGUACAAGUUGUUAACGAAUCUGAAGAUCGUGUCUUCUUUGAGAGGAUGUAGAUUUCCAAGAAUUGGUGCAAGCAAUUCCUAUCUACAUUUUUUUUUUUCUUCAUUCUGCAUCUCUCAAAGGUGCAUCUUGUAUUUUUGUUCUCCUUAAACAAUAAAAAUGCAUGUACCUAUAUUUAAUAGGAACAUAGGAAUGAGAAUACACCUCAAUAUUGAUUAGUGAAUCACAAAUUCACUAUCCCAUUAUUUUAUGAGCACUUGUUGUGUCCAAAUUUA